AUGUUAGAUAACUCUCUAUGGGAUAACUUUCUGUGGGAUGAUUAUUUUCUGACUCAGGCGGAUCUUACUGAUACUGACAGCACGCCAGAUGAGGAUGAGGAUGAGAGCAAGAGAGCACAAGUAUUUUCAGGACCAGUUCCACACAAUGCUUCUGAUCCCGAAAAUGCUGAUUCCUUGAUUGCAUCUCAAAUGGCAAAGCUAUCAGUCGCUGAUCGAGAAAAGGUGUACAAUGACGUCCAUGGGAUACCAGACGACUGUGUAGAGGAGACUUCAGAACUAAUCCACAACAGUUUGUGGGGAUUGCAACACGAGAUCGAUAUUUUACCCGACAAGAAAGCAUACAACAUUGCUGAACGACUAAAUCCAAAGUAUACCCAGGAUAGAGACUUUCGACUUGCAUUCCUUCGAUGCGAGAAGUUUGAUUGUCACAAGGCAGCACUUCGGUUUGUCCGUCACUUUCAGAUGAAACUGGACUUGUUUGGUCAAGAUAUGCUUACGAAAGACAUUACGCAAGAUGAUUUGGACGUGGAUGAUAUGGAAUGUCUCUAUCUUUCAAAUGGAAGAUUCCUGAAUACACAUGAUAAGGCUGGAAGACGCAUUAAUAUUAUUGUUAUGGUGCAUAAAACUUACAGGACAGACACAUGUCUUCGAAAGGGCUUUUAUAACUUCAUGACAGUAUACCGUGACCUAGAGAUACAACGGCGUGGCUUUGUAAAUGUCAGUAUCCAAUUUGGAGAUAAAAUCAAGGGCACGAGUGCAGAUAAUGCUGAUCUUGCAUGGAAGUUGCCAAAACAAAAUGAAGCAGUCCCCUUGUGUCUCUCGGCUAUCCAUCUAUGUUACACUACUAAAGGAGCAUGGGAAGGUCUCCUUGCAGUGUCCAAGACUGCAUUUAGCAAAGCGAACAAAGUCAGAUGUAGGGUACAUUGUGGACCGAUCCUCAAAUGCUUAGAAGACCUGCGUGGACAUGGAAUCGACCCAUCGUGCAUACCUGUGAAUCACAAAGGCGAGAUUACUGACCUUGUUAAAGAUCGCAAGAGAAUAGAACAACAACGGCGGCAAGAGCGCUUGAAAUAUCCUACUCGUAGCACGAUUGCUGUUCCAUUUUGCGAGGAUGUUCUGUUGGGCAAAGGUACCCCAUUUCAGAUUCACGUCGGCAACAAAAAACUACAACAGUUUGUAGCAGAUCGGUUCAAGAAGUACGAAAGGGCACAAAAAGGGGCAAAGAAGGCUGUUGCUCAAGAAAUCAUUGAUGUCGUUAGGGGCAAUGGAGGUCUAUUUCUAAAGCAAGAUGGCAAUAGGUGGGUUCCAGUCACCGAUGAUGUGGCACUGUUGAAAGUGGGCGCUCUUUUCCGAUAUUUGCGGUUGAAGAAUGGAACAAAGUAG